AUGGCAAAAUCAAGUGUUAUUAAACAAUUAAAAGCAUUAAAUCAAAUAUCAUAUACUACUAAAGAAGCUCUAGUCUACUUAAAGCCUGAUAAGAUAAAAUCAAUCAAUUUAUUCUUUAAUUUUAAAAAUGAAGAUGGACAUAUGGGGGCAAGAAAGUUUUGGAGGAAUUAUAUACCAACUAUACAAUUUUACAACCCUACCCUUCUAGUCAAUGUUACUAGAACUCAUCCGCCAGUUAUUUUAUCUAAAAAAUCUAAAAUCAAGAAAGUUUUACCAGAAAAUAUGAAAUUUGUUUCUGAACAAGAUUUAAAUCGCUGUUCUUUAGAAGUUAAGGAUCAUAACGAUAAAACCAUAAAUAAGAUUGAAAUGAAAUCGAAACAUUCGACUGACAUUCUAAAAGAAUUUUUAGAGCAAGUAGAACAUGAAAAAAUCCCAGAGGCUGAUUUAAUCAAGCUUGAAUAA